AGGUCUAUAUCUAUCCCUCGAAUUGUCCAACGACAAUCUGUCGUUUAAUUUUGUUUUCCUUCCCACAAACCACCCGUACUAAAAAAGAACAGAGACUAAUCAUGUCGGCGGGUGCAUCAGCAGCUCUACGAAGGACCUCCUCUGCCAUCGGCCACCGGGCUCCCCGCACUUUGGGACUUUCCUCCCGCAUUAACCAGACCCCCGCCCUGUCGCGUUCGUUGAUUACUUCUACUCCUCCCAGUGCUUUGCGUUCCAAUUCACUCUCAAAGUCGUCGUCUGCAUUGAAUCGUCAGGUGUCUAGAUUCUCAACCAUGUCGCCCUUGCAAGCUGCUCCCGUGUUGGAGCGGGAAUAUGAUCCCGAGAUCAAGGAUAUGGCGGAUUAUAUUCACAACUAUAAAAUUGAAUCUGAUCUCGCAUUCGACACUGCCCGUCUCGUCUUCUUGGAUACCCUCGGAUGCGGUCUAGAGGCUCUCCGAUUCCACGAGUGCACCAAACUUCUCGGCCCCGUUGUCGAAGGAACCGUGGUCCCCAAUGGUACCAAGGUGCCCGGAACUCCAUAUCAACUUGACCCUGUCAACGGUGCCUUCAACAUCGGUGCAAUGAUCCGAUGGCUCGAUUACAACGACUGCUGGCUUGCAGCUGAAUGGGGCCAUCCGUCCGACAACUUGGGCGGUAUCCUUGCCGUUGCGGACUGGAUUUCUCGCACAAACCGAGCUGGUGGAAACAUUGGACAGGGCAAGAUUCUCAAAGUGCGCGAUGUCUUGGAGGCUAUGAUCAAGGCCCAUGAGAUUCAAGGUGUUCUUGCUUUAGAGAAUUCGUUCAACAAGGUCGGUUUGGACCAUGUUGUGCUUGUCAAGGUUGCUACGACCGCUGUUACGGCCAAAUUGUUGGGUCUUGACGAGAAGAAGACUGCCGAUGCUAUUACCCAGGCAUGGGUUGACGGUCAGAGUCUGCGUACAUACCGCCAUUCACCCAAUACCAUGUCCCGAAAGUCGUGGGCUGCUGGUGAUGCCUGCCAGCGUGCUGUGAACCUUGUGCUUAAGGUUCUCAAGGGUGAGGGUGGUGUUCCUACCGUUUUGAGUGCUCCUGUCUGGGGUUUCUACGACAACCUCUUCAAGGGCCAGAAGUUCAAGUUCCAGCGUCCAUACGGCAGCUAUGUUAUGGAGAACGUUCUCUUCAAGGUUUCAUAUCCUGCCGAGUUCCACUCCCAAACCGCCAUCGAGGCCGCUCAGAUCAUCAACAAGAAGCUUGCUGCUCUAGGCAAGACUGCCAAAGACAUCAAGGAGAUCACCAACCGCACCCACGAAGCUUGCAUUCGCAUUAUUGACAAGCAAUUCAAGGCCAUGGACAACUUUGCUGACCGUGACCACUGUGUUCAGUACAUGGUUGCAACCAUGCUUGUCUUCAACCGAUUGACCGCCCAAGACUACGCCGACGGCUCCGAAGCCGCCACCUCCGAACUUCUCGACGACCUCCGCAAGCGCAUCAAGUGUGUAGAGGACCCCCAGUUCACCAAGGACUACCACGACCCAAGCAAGCGUACCAUCCCCAACGCACUCACCGUCACCCUCAACGAUGGCACCGUUCUCGACGAGGUCGUCGUCGAGGCACCCCUAGGCCACAAAUUCCGUCGCGAAGAAGCCAAACCCGAGAUCUUUGCCAAAUACAAGCGUCACAUCGAGUCUCACUUCGAUGCUGCCCGUGUCAAGCAGUUGCUUGAACUUGGCUGGAACCAGAAGGAGCUUGAAAAUACUGAUGUUGAUAGUUAUGUGGAUCUUUAUGUGACUGAUAAGGUUAUCGCGCCGUAUAGCCGAUAAAUGUA